GCCAUGUGGUCUUACAUUGACCAAGUUGUUACAACCAUGUGGAGUGAGGGUGUUGUUGCCACACAAAUUUUUUAUCACUAUUAGAAUGUUGACCAUGUCAUCGCUAAUGUUGAAAUGUUGGGGUGCAUUGCUGAAGAAAUUUGAGGCUUUUAUUCAAUCACUACCAGUGGUUGUGGAAUAUAAUCCUACUUCCCAAUAUUGUGAGCGCCUUUUCACUCGCAAUAACUCUUUCUUGAGUUACUACAAUAAACGUUCUUGGGGCUUCUUGACAAGAGAAGAUAAUGGGCAAUGGGUACCCAUUUGUCUGCCCGUUCCUAGCAUGGCCAAAAAGGAAUAUGGCCAGGGUGUGGCUGUUGGUGAGGAGCUUGGACAAGAAGCAACUAGUGGUUUUGGAGUUGGAGCCAAUAAGCAAAACAAGGCCAACACACCCAUACCUCCCAAGGCAAAAGCUACCAAAGAAAAGGAGAUGAGCCAUGAUAGUGACAGUGAUGAAAGUUCUUGGGGUGAUCCUAAUCCUAAGUUGGCAGCUUCCAACAAAGGUCUUGGUCUUAUUCCCAUUCUUGGUGAUGAUAAGGUUCUGCCCAAGUUUGAAGAGGCUAAAAAGGUGGAGGCUUUAGCAGUGAACAUGGAGGAGGCCCUGGCAAAUCCUGAAGUUCCCGAGUUAGUGAAGAAGGUGAAAGUCAGCGAAGUUCUGCCACAAAAACCUUCUGUCGUGAGUAGACUUGGCAAAUGGGCGAGUUGGGUCAGGUCUGGGUUAGGUCAAGUUUACGGGUCACCAACGGGUCACAGGUUGAAAUAUGUAGACCCUAACUCGUUUUUAUGGGUCGGGUUUAGAUCAGGUUCAUGGGUCGGGCUGAUUUUUGCCAUGCCUAGCUGCGAAAGGAGGUGUGAAGGUUUCAUAAGGCACCCCCAACAUGGUGAAGAAGCCUACUAUAGCAAAGACUCAGUCAAAAGUGGCGAUACUGAAGGUGUGAACUCUUGUACUUUUGUAAAAACUGGAAAAUGCUCUUGCCAUCAUCGAGGGGGUAAAGGCACAAGUUUCCAAGGCAACAUAGACAUAAACAAAGCUGGCCUUGAAGAAUUUGAGUCAGAUGUAAGUGAUGCUGUAAAGAAAUCCAUCUUUGAUAACAGCAAGGUGGACAUCGAUAAGCCAACCAUGAGUCUAGUGAAGAAAGCUGCCAGCUUCAGUGAGAUAAAACAUAGUGAACAACCAUCCUUAAUUCCAGCCAAGUCAAGUGAGGCUGAUGACUUCGCCAUGAAACUGAUUAAAAACCUAGAUGAGAUGAAUGAUGAUAGGGAUGUAUCGCUGGCUCUAUUUGGCUUAGUGCCCCUUGGUGGCUCAAGGGUAGUGGGUGGGUUUACAACACUCGCGAUGUUGGAGGUGUGGGCACUCCACUUGUUGGAUACCUUCCCAAACUUGACAACUUGUCGCAAAGCCAAGAAAGUGGUGGUUGAAGACACCUUUGCAAUUCUCUACGCAGCCAUGCGACAUAUGAAGGUAACCACUUUCAUUGAGAUGAAUGAGGACUUUUUCUAUCUAUGUAGAGAUGCCAUUGAUGAUGUCGAGAGCAUAAACUCCAAGGUCGAUGUCAUCUGCACACAUCUGUCAAAUCUAGCGAAGGCAUACAUUAGGAAGACUAGGUUCAACAUGACUAAAGGCGACACGGCUGAAAAAUUAGACGAUCAAAUUAAGGAACAGAUGGAACAUGUUGCAAAGAUGGAAAAGUCAUUGGCUGAGACAAAAGGGCUUGUCUUCAAGCUGGAAGAAAGACUAGUGUCAGCCAAGGCAUACCUAGAAUCCUUCAACCAAGAGAAGGAGCUGGUAGCUUCAUCAGGAUUGUAUCGAGGCUGCCAAGGCUUACGGAGAUGAUUUUAGCCCUUUCCUACCGUGAGUGGUCAUGCACCCCAGCUUUCUCUCCAUCUUUUGUUUUGCUCCCUUUCUUGUGUGUUAACUGUCGGUGAUAUUGCCAUGAUGUAACCCUCUUGUUAUGUUUGUUUUGGGUUGACCAUCUCUAUUUCCAAUGAAGCCUGGAACCUGUU